GUUAGUAGAAAAGACUGCGCAGUCGCGUGCAGCAGGACGGCGGAGGACUGGGCUCCCGCGCGCGCGGUUUCUUUAGGGACGUUUCUCUGAGCCUCGUCGCUCUUGUUGACUUCCGGUUGAAGGCGAUCAUGGAGGUGGUGUCCGGCGCGGUGGCGCCGAGAGUAGUGGGCGCGAGCCGCGGCGUGGAGCGCGCGCUGGAAGAGGCGGCGGGCUCGGGCUCGCUCAACCUCAGCGCGAGGAAGCUGAAAGAAUUCCCAGCCGCAGCUGCGCACUACGACCUCAGCGACACGGUGCACGCAGAUCUUUCAAAGAAUCGUUUGACGGAGGUUCCUCCUGAAAUCUCACGUCUCGUUUCGUUGGAGACGCUGAACCUUUAUCACAACUGUAUCAAAAGCAUUCCUGACACCAUCAUCAGCCUGCAGUCUCUCACAUCAUUAAAUAUCAGUCGUAACCAGCUGUCAGUGUUGCCGGUGUGUGUGUGUGGUCUUCCUCUGCGAGUCCUCAACGCCAGCAACAACAAACUCAAUGCUCUACCGGAAAGCAUUGGCCAGCUCACCAACCUCAUGGAACUAGAUGUGAGCUGUAAUGAGAUCACGGCUCUCCCGCGCCACUUCGGACGCCUCAAAGCUCUACGAGAGCUCAAUGUGCGCCGGAACCUUCUGUGUGUCCUGCCUGAAGACUUGGCAGAUCUACCUCUGGUAAAGUUUGAUUUCUCCUGUAAUAAAGUUUCCACUAUUCCCAUCUGCUACCGCAAAAUGACUCAACUACAAUCACUACAUCUAGAGAACAACCCACUACAGAGCCCCCCAGCACAGAUUUGUAUAAAGGGGAAGGUUCACAUAUUUAAGUACCUCACCAUGGAGGCGUGUCGCAGCGACAAAAUGGCCGACGCCCUCUACUUGCCUGUUAUGGACCACCUCAGCCUAUCACGUCCCACCACUGGCAGUACGGAGGACAUUGAUCAACACAGGAAACUGGACAGUGACUCUGGGCUGGGCAGCGAUAAUGGGGACAACAAACGCCAUUCCGCCACAGAGCCAUCUGACGAGGACAGUCUGAGUCUAAAUGUCCCCAUGUCCAACAUCACAGAAGAGGAAGGAAUCUGCAAAGAAGACUCCAUUGAACAUAUCAGUUCCCUGACAGCAGACCAAAGCCCCUCUGACUCGGGACAGAUUGCUUACAGAGAUUCUGGCUAUACGACUCAAUUUGUCAACUAUAUCAAGGGUCGAGGUGUUGACUUCGACGAGCCCCUCAGAAUUGAGGAAGACAGUAACUGGGCAGUUGAGCAAUCGUCGAAGGUUAACCUGAUCAGCCCACUGAAAGAGGCCGUGGAGCUGUUGCAGAAUCCUAGCAGAGUGAACAUGAGCACAGAUGAUUUGUCUGGAAUUAAACUCUACCCAGUGGAAGUGGUCACAGUAGACGAAUCUCUGAAUGGUCAGGAGAGUGAAGACGGACAGACCACGCCUAAGGAUGCUCCGGAUGAAGGCUGGGAGUUCCAGAAGAAGAGGCAGUAUAUUCUCAAACGGGCACGGCUGGAGGCCCAGCUCGCGUGCCAGCAGUACACCUUCUGUGUGGCUCAAAAGGGUGAGAUGAUUUGUCAGGAGAAGACAGACGAUGGUCAAGCAGGACACGAGACCAGUGAAGCCCAGAGCCCAGUGCUUUCACCACCAUUCGGCUUGAAGCCCCGAUCAGUUUUCCUGAGAACUCCUAAGAGUCUCGAAACCGUGGAUCCUCAGUUCACCAUGAGGAGGAAGAUGGAGCAGCUCAGAGAGGAGCUGGAACUGAUGGAGCAGCUACGAGAGAGCAUUGAGAGCAGACUGAAGGUUGUGCUUCCUGAGGAUCUCGGCUCCUCGCUCAUGGACGGGGUGGUGCUCUGUCAUCUAGCCAAUCACGUGAGACCGCGCUCGGUCGCCAGCAUCCACGUUCCUUCUCCAGCAGUUCCCAAGCUCAGUAUGGCUAAAUGCCGCCGGAACGUGGAGAAUUUCCUGGACGCUUGCAGGAAGAUUGGUGUUCCUGAGGACAAAUUGUGUCUCCCUCAUCACAUUCUGGAGGAGAAGGGAUUAGUGAAAGUGGGUAUCACCGUUCAGGCUCUGCUGGAUGAGGCCUCAGUCAAACAGAACCUUUUCACAUGAACCCUGUUUUCGCUGUUGUACAUAAACCUCCAUGAACCAUAAAGAAACAUUUAUCACCUUCCA